GCCCCCCCCAAAAAAAAAACUUAUAGAUUUCUUAGGAAAGUCCGUUAUCUUAAUCAGUUAAAAAAAAGUGGAGGAAGUUAUAACCCCCACUUCUCUCUCUAAAAGUGUCAAACCCCAUGCACAUUAACGCGGUUCGGUUGUAAUGCGAGCAAAGUAAACAGACUUUAACUUCAUAUAUAUAAAAAACAUAUUCGUUAUAUCAAGUAGCGGUUUUCCGGUUCACACCAACAACCCCUUUCUUUUUCUUUUUUUCUUUUUUGGGCAGAGAUCAGAUUUUGAUGAUGAAAAUGGAGAAUGGUGGUGGUGACAGGAUCAAAGGAUCGUGGACCCCACAAGAGGAUGCGACGUUGAUGAAGCUAGUGGAACAACAUGGCCCUCGUAACUGGUCUCUGAUAAGCCAAGGAAUUCCUGGUCGGUCGGGGAAGUCGUGUCGUUUAAGGUGGUGUAAUCAGCUGAGUCCCUCGGUGCAGCACCGUCCUUUUACGCCUGCGGAGGACGCUAUCAUAUUCCAGGCCCACGCGGUCCACGGUAACAGGUGGGCCACCAUAGCGAGACUCUUGCCUGGGCGAACCGACAACGCGAUCAAGAAUCACUGGAACUCCACUCUACGACGUCGUCGCGGCGGGAACAAUGGGUCCGAGUUGGAGUCCGCUUCGUCUGAGUCUAACUCGGCGGUGAAGCGCUCGGAUGCUGGCUCGUCAGAGUCGGACUCGGGGCUUAAACGGCAGCGUUUAAUGGGUGGGUCGGCAGAGGAGAAUAGUGAUUUGGUUGUGGAGCCACAGACUUCGCUGACGCUGUCCCUACCGGGUGGUGGUGGUGAGAGUGUGAUAACGUUACCUGCGGUUGAUGAGAAAAUGAAAGUGACGGUUGAGGAUGAGGAAGAGAACGAGGAAGAGGAAGAGGAAGAGGAAGAGACGUGUUUGGUGACGAUCAUGCAGAAGAUGAUUGCGGCGGAGGUCAGGAAGUACAUGGAUAGUUUACAGUCCCAGAAUGGACACGGUCCUGAUUGUGGGCCACCGGCCCAAAAGGGUUCAUAGUUAUAGUAAUAAUCUAUUGCUCUCUCUCUCUUUUUUGUUUUUUUCUGCUAAGAAUUUUCAGUUUGGCUGGUGUUUGAAUCGGAACCUAGGAUAUGAAAUGAGAACUUCAAAGCAUGA